CUGACUUUUCAACAACACUCAAUUGAAGUUUUGAUACAUUUUUGAUAGCUCUAUGACAAAAUCACACUAAAUUGCCCCCGGAUCAUGGACAGCCUAACAAAACUACGCCAGAAACCAAAGAAACUUCCUGAGAUGGCAGAAGAUCUAACCAAAUCAGCCGAAUCGGAGAAGGAUAUUAUCAAUGAAGUGGACGAUCAGGCCAUCGUAUACGAUUACAUGAUGUAUCCUAGUAAAAAAGCAAAGGGCAAGUUGUUCAAGAAGCCACAGAAAAAUGUUUCCUUCAAGACGAUGGUGGAGCUGGUGACCUACACGGACAACUGGAAGAUGAGGAUGAGCGAGAGUAAGCUGCGCACGGAGGAGGAGCAGCUCAAGUAUAACCUGAAGCGACGAAACUCCUGAUGGCUUCCGCACGUCAAACGUUUAAAAUUGUAUAAUGAUUUGUUUUGGUCACCGAUUUAGUAAAGUUAAUGUUGGUAGUGUUGGUUAAA